AUUCUAAUAGUCAGAGAAGACAAAGCAUCUUGUGACGAAGCCUUCGCAAAUCCAGUUCCUUCUCUAUCAAUUUCCUUAUUGACGAGCGUAUUUCUUCAUGAGUUCAUCGCCGUCUGUUCGCACAGGGAACACCAUUUGGUGCUGGUGGUGAAUGGUUAUCCGAUUAUCUAGUUACGGCCGGGAAUUGAAUGCGAAGAGGUGGACUUCCGUUCAUCCCGAAGGAAUCGAUGACGGAGAAGACGAGGAAUGGAAGAUGAAAAGAUAGACUUUUCAUUUUUUGUUUUCUUUCAAUAUAAUUUCAAUAAUAUGUUAAAAAAAUUAUUUCAAUAAUAAUAAAGUUCCAA